UCUUCUCCGGCCCGCGGAGUCACAAUGGUGUCGUAGUGCCCAUCGCUCCGGCAGUCCUCGACGAACCGGCGUUUUCGCGACUUCACUUCCCGAAGCGUGACCCCGUCGGAUCUCCGGAGGCGAGAGAGAACCGAGCCCCGCGGUCCUGUUCCUCCCACCGGCGUCGUCGUCACCGACGUCGCAAGCAGAAAGAGUUCGACAAUGAGCGGCCGCGUAGGAGACCUCACCGAGCAGCAGAUGACAGCGCUCGACGAACUUCGAGCAAACGUCGACGACAUCCUGAGGCCGAGCCACGACGACUACUUUUUGCUGCGGUGGCUAAGAGCUCGGAACUUCAAUGUCGCCCAAGCUGAAGCCAUGUUGCGCGAGAACCUGCAAUGGCGCAAACAGAACAACGUGGACGCAAUACUGGACGACUACGAGCCUACAGAGGUUCUUAAAAAAUACUAUCCUGGAGGCCUCGUGGGUCACGAUAAAGAAGGAUGUCCCCUCUGGAUCAUUCCUUUCGGCUACACAGACAUCAAAGGGCUCUUCUAUUCCGUCAAGAAAUCUGACUUUAUCAGGCACAUCAUCCAGCAGCUUGAGUACAGCGCCCAGGAUAUGGCUGCGCAGACAGAAAAGCUGGGCCGAGUCAUAGAGAUGCACAGCUUCAUAUUUGACCUAGAAAACUUCAACCUGAAACAAAUUGCGUGGAAACCGGCUCUUGACAUGAUCAUCAACCUGGUCACAAUGUAUGAAGACCACUACCCGGAAAUGCUCAAAAAGGCUUACGUCAUAAAUGCGCCCAAGAUCUAUCCUAUCAUAUACAACAUGGUGAAGCCAUUCCUCAGCGAAGAGACGGCGAAGAAGAUACACGUGUUCGGCAAAGACAAGUGGAAAGAGGCCCUUCUCCAGGACAUCGCUCCCGAAGAGCUUCCUGUGCACUGGGGCGGAACCAUGACGGGACCAGAUGGGGACCCGAGGUGUACGCACAUCGUGGGAGCGGGCGGCCCGGUGCCGUGCUCCUGCUACACGGCCCCGUCGAGGCGCCUCUCCUCGGACCAGAACCUGAAGAUGUGCGUGAUCGAGAAGAAAUCCGCCGUGCCCCUCACGGUGGAGGUGACCGAGGCCGGCUCCAUCCUGCGCUGGGAGUUCCAGACCGAGAACUACGACAUCGGCUUCGGCGUCUUCUUCGUGCCGGACUCGAACGGCACCGUGAACGGCGCGGGCGGCGACGGUGGCGACAUGCAGGAGCUGGUCGCCAUGCAGCGAGUCAACUGCCACCUGGUGCCCGAGGACGGGAUGCUCGUCUGCAGCGCGCCCGGAAAAUAUGUGCUGAAGUUCGACAACAGCUUCAGCUGGUACCGGAGCAAGAAGCUUCUCUACCACUACCAGGUGCUCCCGCCAACGCCAGCGUAAUCGACGGAGGCCCCGACGGCUAUCUGCCAACGGCUUCACACGUUUCUCCUUUCGUUUUGUUCGUUCUCUUAUUCGUGGGUUUUUCGUGCUUUCGUCAGCUGACACCGGAAACCGAUGUUCCGUAACUCCAUCCAGCAGUAAUAAUAAAGCAACAGGAGGCGAAGAAGGCAGGCUGUGAA